UGCUUCUCCAAGAAAUGAAACAGCUUUUGAUGUCGAAAUUACUACUCGAUUAAUUAAUCUUCAACUUUAUUUCAAUAAAAAUUUGAUUUACACCAACAUCAUUGACAUUACAAUGUUCUCUGAUCAGUUGUCUUUAAAAAUGAAAACAAUGAAAAAAUAUUUGCGAAAAUCACUAUUUGUAUUACUCAAUGAUUCUGAUGAAGACAAAUCAUUAUUUCAUGAUCUUCUAGUCUCGUCACUUGACAUAUCUAGGCCUAAAUGGCUUUUUUUUCUUGAUAAUAAAAUUACUAUGGAUGAAUUUUUUUUAAAAACCUAUAUACCAUUUAAUAGUAAUUGUUUGGUGUCAAUUACUAAUUCCGACAAUUCUGAAGUUAUUACAGAGAUCUAUCAAAUAAGUAAAGAUGAUAGACUUAGAAAAAAUAUUUUAGCUCACUGGAAUUUAGAUAAUGGAAUUCAAUUUUCUAAAACUAACUUAUAUCAACGACGUAAUAAUCUUUUUGGUUUUCAUUUUCGAGUAUCAACAGUAUUGGAUUCACCUUAUACAUUUUUAUCUAAUACUCAAAAUCAUGAAAUUCAAUUAGAUGGAAUUAUUGGUAAAGUAAUGGAACAUUUGAAGAAAGAACUCAAUUUUACAAUUACUUAUCGAUUUACAAGAGAAUAUGGAAUUCGUUUAAAUAACGGAUCUUGGACAGGAGGCAUAGCUGAUUUAGUAAAUAAUGUAUCAGACAUUUUUGCAUCAAGUAUUGGAAUGACAUCAUCAAGAAAAGAAGCUAUAGAUUUCACUAUACCUCUUUUCUUUUCAGAUGAUUGUUUUUUUUUUAAAAAACCAAUUAAAGAAGAUGUUGAAUGGAAAAAAUUUUUAAAUAUUGCUCGUAUGAAAAAACAUGGUAUUCUCAAUAGGAUUAUUAAAGGAGCAACAAAAAUAUCAGCUCAAUCUGUAAGAUUGUUAUUAUUUUAA